AUGCCGAUUCCCGGCGCGCUCAUCGUCUUUGGUCUGGUGGUCUUCCUGGGCGCGCUCUGCCUCACCUACCUCCUUGUGUGGCAUGAGACGGCGUGGCAUGUCCAUGUAGUGGCAGCAGGCCUCGCCUUUGUUGCCUACGCCGCCGUCGCCGCCGUCGCCUGCGCCGCGCUCUGGCACUCGCGGCAUCUUGCGCAGGUGAUGCAGAACGGGUGGGAGGAGGCCUCGCCGGAUGUCCGCGACAAGAUCCAGGCCAAGUUUGCAUGCUGCGGCUGGAACUCGUACGCCCAUUUGCCCGGGCCGUCGUGCAAUGUCAACGACGCCACCCGCCCGGCAUGCUCCUCGGGCGUUCUCGCCCACACCUCGCUCCGCCUCCGCAUGUUUGAGGCCACGGCACUGGUGGUCGGCCUCAUGCUGGCAGCCAUCAUCCUCCUUCUUGUCGCCUACGUUGUCGAGACCCGCGCCGCUCUUGAUCUCCGUCACGAGCUCUCAAUCGAGCUCUCAGGCCAGUACUCGAGCAGCCAGGCGCCCGCAGCCAAGCCUACAGAAUCCAGAAGCCGCAGCACCAAGGGUACUACCACGAGCACUGCCGUCGAUGCCGCCUUGUAG